AGCUGCGAGGCAUCACUUCAAGGAGAGUUUUACACACUUACAAGAGUGGACACAGCCGGGACAGCUUUGUGAAAGAGAAGGAACAGGAAACCGUGGCAUCCAGAAGGUAGGAGAAAAGGAGACCCUCAGGCAUCUGAAGGAUUUUCAUUUAUGCCGGACACGAAUUAGCCAAGUCUGAAUGUUCGGUGCUGCCGUUCCCGAUGUGCUGUGGCUCCGGAGCAGCAGAUGGCAGCAGCCGCCUGUGCUGCUCGCAGCGCUCGGGUUCCUCAGCACGGCCUCGGCUGUCACCAGGCUGCUGAAACAGGACAGGGGUUUCACCUCGGAAAUCCAGCUCAGAGCAGAGUCAAUUGGCUCCUCCUGACUUGCUUGGAAGCUCAGGACCAGGAUGCAGAGGAAGGCAGUGGAUGAGGGAGAGAAUGUGCAGCACUGAGAGCGGCAUCUGGGACAGUGAGGAUCCUCUGCUCUGUUAACAAAGACUGCUUCAAGUGCAGCUCUGAGGAGAGAUGCUUGAUGAUUGAAUGCUCAGGACAGAAAUGGAGCAUCCAUCAGCACUUGAGUCAAGUGAAAUUGUGAGAAAGAAAUGAGAAGGAGAAAUCAAGGCACAAGUAUUAUUGUUCACUUUUGAUUCUGAAGCAGUGUCAUUGCUCAGAGAGCUCCCACCUGCUAAUGAAGAACCCUCUUAUGCCAAGCAUUUCAGACUGGAAGGAAAAAUUGAGUGCUUAACUCUGAUCAGGAUGUCAGGAGUAGACAAUUGCUACUACAAAAAGUGAUGGCAAUCUCCUUUUUUUUGCCUGUCUAAUACAUACUGCCCAAGCACUUCCAUGGAGAGACAGCAGAGAGACCAUCCAUCAGCAUCACAUUAUCUGAACCAGAAUUCAUUUCAUGGCUGCUUUAAAACCACUUGGAACAUGACACUGAAACCACCUCUGCUGUAAAAGAACGUGAUGCCUGUGGAAAGCAGUGUUUCCUCUGCUAGAGAACUUCACAGCCUUAAGUUGUAUCAGCCUGCUGCCUCGUGUGGACUUUAUUGUGCUGUAAGCUGUUGUGAAUUAGAUCAUAUCCAGCAUCAGAGGCUUGUGGGUGUAGCUGCUCCUGGUGUGUUUAAUCCUGAUGUCAAAGGGUGCACUUCUGUGUGAAUGAGAGUAUGGGAAAGCUGAGCCCUGAAAAGCACACCACAAAAGUCGACAUUAAGCAGAGUUCCCGUUCCUCUGAGGCAGCUGAAGAUGAAAAGGACCAGAGGACAGUGACAGUCAAUCCCUCUCACAUGAGAAAGGCUUUCAAGGUCAUGAAUGAAUUACGGAGCAAGCGGCUCCUGUGUGAUGUGGUGAUUGUGGCCGAGACCGUGGAGAUGGAAGCUCACCGGGUGGUGCUGGCAGCCUGCAGCCCCUAUUUCUGUGCCAUGUUUACAGGAGACAUGUCUGAAAGCAAGGCCAAGAAGAUUGAGAUCAAGGACGUGGAUGGGCAGACCCUGAGGAAGCUGAUUGAUUACAUCUACACGGCGGAGAUCGAGGUCACCGAGGAGAACGUGCAGGUUUUGCUGCCAGCUGCCAGUUUACUGCAACUGAUGGACGUCAGAAAGAACUGCUGUGACUUCCUGCAGUCCCAGCUGCACCCCACCAACUGCCUUGGCAUCCGCGCCUUUGCCGACGUGCACGCCUGCAGCGAGCUGCUGCAGCAGGCCAACGCCUACGCAGAGCAGCAUUUCCCUGAGGUGAUGCUAGGAGAAGAAUUUCUUAGCCUUAGUCUGGACCAGGUUUGCAGUUUAAUAUCAAGUGACAAGCUCACAGUCUCCUCUGAAGAAAAGGUGUUUGAAGCAGUUAUCUCUUGGAUCAAUUAUGAGAAGGAAUCUCGCUUGGAGCACAUGGCUAAGCUGAUGGAGCACGUUCGCCUGCCCCUCUUGCCCAGGGAUUACCUGGUACAGACAGUCGAAGAAGAAGCUUUAAUCAAGAAUAACAACACCUGUAAAGACUUCCUUAUUGAAGCCAUGAAAUAUCAUUUGCUUCCUCUGGAUCAAAGGCAACUAAUAAAGAAUCCCAGGACAAAGCCAAGGACCCCUGUUAGCUUGCCAAAGGUGAUGAUUGUGGUGGGUGGGCAAGCACCCAAAGCCAUUCGCAGUGUGGAGUGCUAUGACUUUGAGGAGGAGCGGUGGGAUCAGGUUGCUGAGCUUCCCUCACGGAGAUGCAGAGCAGGCGUGGUGUUCAUGGCUGGCAGUGUCUAUGCCGUGGGAGGCUUCAAUGGCUCGCUGCGGGUGCGCACGGUGGACGUGUACGACGGCGCCAAGGACCAGUGGACGUCCAUCGCCAGCAUGCAGGAGCGGCGCAGCACGCUGGGCGCUGCCGUGCUCAACGACCUCCUCUACGCCGUGGGAGGCUUUGAUGGCAGCACUGGUCUGGCAUCAGUUGAGGCCUAUAGCUAUAAAACCAAUGAGUGGUUUUUUGUGGCUCCCAUGAACACAAGAAGAAGCAGUGUUGGAGUUGGAGUUGUGGAGGGGAAGCUGUACGCGGUGGGCGGCUACGACGGCGCAUCGCGGCAGUGCCUGAGCACGGUGGAGCAGUACAACCCCGCCACCAACGAGUGGACCUACGUGGCUGACAUGAGCACGCGGCGCAGCGGGGCAGGUGUUGGUGUGCUCAGUGGGCUGCUCUACGCCACCGGGGGCCACGACGGGCCCUUGGUGAGGAAGAGUGUGGAAGUCUACGACCCAGGGACAAACACCUGGAAGCAAGUGGCAGACAUGAAUAUGUGCAGAAGAAAUGCAGGGGUGUGUGCUGUGAAUGGUCUCCUCUACGUGGUGGGAGGCGAUGAUGGUUCCUGCAACCUGGCCUCGGUGGAGUACUACAACCCCAGCACAGACAAGUGGACGUUGUUGCCAACCAGCAUGAGCACAGGGAGGAGUUAUGCAGGUGUGGCUGUGAUUCACAAACCCUUGUGACACACGAUCAAGCCAAUGUGAGGAGCAGAAGUGAAGUGGAUCCAGCUAGGUGGUGUUGGGAAGAUGACUGACCUCUGACUUGACCCAUCUCAUUGCUGUUAAUGUCUUAGCAUGACAAGUGAUACGUUGCAAGCAUCAUCCACUCUGCAGUGGAUUGCAUAGCCAAGUGAAAAUCCCUCUGGGGACGUGUUCCAUGCUAGACACGAGGUGUUGCUUGUUAUCUGUGGUGCAAUCAGCUGUUCUUCUCGAUGGCAUGUGUCCUGAGAUAAACACUGUGCUUGGACUGCAGGCACGGGAUUUUUUGUGUGAAACAAAACUGCUACGUUUGGGCAUGUGAGUAAAAACGAACGUUUCUGGAUUUCUUCCCUACUGAUGCUCCGUGCACAUUGCUGGUUGAACUACUUACUCACUGUGCCUGGAGGGUGGACUUUAAUACUAGCAGGGGAAACUCCUGAGUUCCAGCAGAGAAAAAACAGCAGAAAUGGACUGGAACAGGGUGGUCUGGCUCGAGUGUGACGCUGUCUCAGCCGUACGUUUGUACAUGCCACUGGACUGCUGUGUGUAUCCCUGAAAUGCUUGUGGAAAUAAACACCAUGUGGUUUUUCUACUUGCCAUGGA